AUGCUCGCGAUGCUGCGCAUCAUUCACAUCCUCUGGGCAUUAUUGACGCCAGGCAUCGCCCUUGCACACCUGUCAUAUACACCUUUGGACCCCAUACUCACCUCUAUCGCCAAAAAUCCCAAUACUUCAACCUUUUACUCGCUCUUCAAUGGCACAGGCGGAGCUUCAGGUAAACCAGGGCCUGAUUUCGAAGAGCGUUUCAAUGAUCCUAGUAUCGGGCUUUCCUUCACAGCCUUCGCGCCAACAAACAAGGCGCUUGCCGAGUUGCCACCUGCAUUGCUCACGUAUCUAACACUGCCGCAUUCUUAUGUACUGCUCGAAUCUUUCCUCAUCAAUCACAUUGCGCCAGGCAACAUGAGCGAUAGCGACUGUGCCGCAGGCAAGUCGGCGCGGAUGGUUGGCGGCUUCGAUGUUACCUUUGAUCGGAACGGAGGCAUGGCCACUAACGUUGCGAUGUACACUGGGGAGGGAACUCCUCCAGCACAAGCAAAUAUGGUGCGCACKCCUGCAGGGGAUCUGGCCUGUAGUCCUGCAUACAACGGACGACUCUGCGAGAUAGAUGGCAUCCUGGACGGCUACUCGACAUACUUUGGUGAAGGUGAUGCUGGUGCAACGGACGAGCUUCCUCCCAUCACGACGGUUCAGGGCACGAUGAGAGACAUUAUCGAAACUUCACCCAGACUCACCACCCUCCAUUCGGCUCUUGGAAAAGUCGACCCGGCAUUCCUGAGUCGUCUUGCACUCUUCUCUCAGAGUGAAGAUAUCCAGCAGUCAACUGUAUACUUGGCUCCCGGCAAUGCAGCUUUUGACGCUCUCCCGCAAGGUGCGAUCUCGUCGAUGGUACAACCAAGUAACGCCGACUUGAGUACACGGCUACUUGAGCUCGGUUACGGACACUUGAGCAACGACUCUCGAGUGCUACAAUCCGAACAAAGUCUCAACAUCACAAUCCAAGCAUCUCAAGCAUUGAAUGCCCGAAUCACCAACAGGACAUGCGCCGAGAACGGGUGUAUAUGGGAAAUUGGACGAUUGCUGAACGCUCUAUACAUCGCCUAG